AUGGCUUCCAUCACCAAAGUUGCUCUCGCCGGUGCUACCGGUAACCUUGGCCCUUCCAUCCUCAAAGGACUCCUAGACGCCGGCUUCCAAGUGACAGUCCUCACCCGCCAAUCCAGUACCCACAGCUUCCCCGCCAACGUGAACGUUAGCAAAGUUGAUUACGAGAGCCUCGACUCUCUCACCUCAGCCCUCCAAGGCCAAGAUGCCGUUGUCUCCACUCUCGCCUCCCUAGCGCUCGGAACACAACUUCUCCUCAUUGACGCCGCCGUGAAAGCCGGUGUCAAGCGCUUCAUUCCUUCUGAGUUCGGCUCAAACACCAUCAACGAAAAGGCUCGUCAGCUUCCCGUGUACAAGGAUAAGCUGGCUGUGCAGGCUGCGUUGCAGAAGGAGGCUGAUGCUGGCCGUAUCUCCUACACGCUUGUCUUGAACGGCCCAUUCCUUGACUGGGGUCUGAAGGUCGGCUUCGUGGGCAACGUCCCGGAAAAGAAAUUCGAUCUCUGGGAUGGCGGUGAGCGCGUUUUCUCCGCCACAUCACUUCCCAGCGUCGGCAAAGCGACAGCGAACAUUCUUAAGCACCCUGAAGAGACAAAGAACCGUGCUGUCUACAUCCAAGACACUGCCAUCACCCUGAAGCAGCUGCUAGCGGUCUGCAAGAAGGCAGCUGGUGAGGAUGGAUGGACCAUCAAUGACGGGUCUACUGAGGAGAUGUACAACAACGCCUGGGCAGAGUUGAAGAAGGAACAACCUAACCAUAUGGUAUUCGUGUUCGGCUUCUUGAAAACAGGAGUCUGGGGUGAGGGAUAUGGCUCUCAUUACGAGAAAACGGACAAUGAGCUUUUGGGUCUCAAGGAUUUGAGCGAAGCCGAGCUGGAGCAGCUUGUCGCAAAUGUUGCAAGGCCUGGAGAGGCAAAGACAACUGAUGGCGCUUUCUACUGA